UAUUAUGUUCAUAGCAGUUUUAUGUUAUGUUAAAUAACAUAGCGUGAUUCUCUAACAUAAUUUAAUCACUAUUUGUUUGGGUUUGAGGCCAGACAGACAGAUCCAUUAAAUUUUAACAAAGGACCAAGUUCCAGGACAUUCAUCCCGAGGUCAACAAGCGGCAACGCCAGCCAGACGGUCAAGUGAAAGUUUUUUGCUAGUCGUAUUUUAAGAGCAGUUGCGGCCAGACAUGAACAAGCGCAACAACAUUCGGCUGCCGCCAGAGGUGAAUCGGCUGCUAUAUGUACGCAAUUUACCAUAUAAAAUAACAUCUGACGAAAUGUACGAUAUUUUCGGAAAAUUUGGUGCCAUUCGUCAAAUACGCGUUGGCAACACGCCGGAGACAAGGGGCACCGCGUUUGUGGUCUACGAAGACAUUUUCGAUGCUAAAAACGCAUGCGACCAUUUAUCCGGCUUUAAUGUGUGCAAUCGCUACCUCGUCGUUCUCUAUUACCAGUCCAACAAGGCCUUCAAGCGCGUGGAUGUGGACAAAAAACAGGAGGAGCUCAACAACAUAAAAUCCAAGUACAAUUUAAAAACUCCGGAGGCACCUUAGAAGCUGUUGAGCUGCAAAAUUGCGGGGCUGAUAGUCGCCAGUUCAUAUGGUUCAUUGAACUUUUCACACAUACCACCUAUGUGUAAAAGCAAGCCAAUUUUAUAAAAUUUUAACAAUGCUCAAAACUGCGUAACAAUUUGUAUUUUUAUACAAUAAUUUUUGCUACCUAUUUGUCGAGUUUUAAAAUAAUUUCCAUCAUUUUCGUAACAACAUUAAACAUCAUCACCAAUCAUCACCAUGAAUCAUGCCAAUGUUUGGCACUUCAAGACACUUAAUCCGCUUGAAGUUCGAACAAUUGGCAAUCAUAAAACACAUUAAAACAACUCUCAUCAAUAUAACAAGCAAGUAAAAGUAAAAAUAAAAAAAAAAUUGUAAAA